GUUUUGGAUGGUAUGAUUACUAAAGAAGGGAUUCAUCAUGAAGAUAUGAUCCCGGUUCUGUUUAAUCGAUUGAGUUCAAGUAAAACAGACCAUAGAUUGAUUAUACUCCGAAUACUACAAGCACUGGCCGUAUAAGAUGAUGAACAUACGGAAAAGAUGGCACAAAUGGGGAAUUUAUUGAUACUGGUGAAGUCGUUGGGUCAUGAUUUGGAAGAGCAAAAAGAAGCAGUGGGGCUGUUACUGAGUCUAUCAGAUGUUGCUGCAGUUAGGAGAAGAGUCGGGAGAAUUCAAGGCUGCAUCGUCAUGUUGGUUGCAAUUUUUAAUGGGGAUGAUCAAAUGCCGUCACAUGACGCUGCCAACUUGUUAAAUUCUUUAUCAGGCAAUACCCAAUAUGCUCUUCAUAUGGCUGAGGCUGGCUAUUUCAAGCCUCUUGUACACUACUUGAACCAAGGAUCAGACAUGAGUAAGAUUCUAAUGGCAACAGCACUUUCAAGAAUGGAACUCACAGAUCAAAAUAGAGCUAACCUGGGACAAGAUGGAGCCGUUGAACCGCUAGUCAAAAUGUUCACCUCCGGGAACCUAGAAGCUAAGCAAUCGUCUCUAAACGCGUUGCACAACUUGUCUGCCUCAAAAGCAAACGUUCAACGUCUGAUAAAAUCGGGCAUCGUUGCUACUCUGCUACAGCUUCUUUUCUCCGUUACAUCGGUGCUCAUGACUCUAAGAGAGCCACUAUCCGCAAUUCUUGCAAAAAUAGCAGCUCAAUUGGAAGUUGGCACAGUACUAGUGAAACAAGAUGUUGCUCAGCAGAUGAUUUCGCUCCUUCAUCUGACUAGUCCAGUAAUCCAGUGUCACUUGUUAGAAGCACUUAAUGCCAUCGCUGCUUGUCCGAAUGCUUCAAAGGUCAGAAGAAAAAUGAAGGAAACUGGCGCUGUUCGCCUUCUCUUACCAUUCCUAACAGAAAGCCGCAAUACCAAGAUUAGAAAUGGAGCUUUAAAUUUGAUUUACGUAUUGUCUAAUGAUAUGCAAGGCGGGGAGCUAAUGGAGCAGCUAGAACAAAUGCAUCUGAAUACAUUGAUCAACAUCGUAUCAUCAUCAUCCACGACGGAUGAUGAAAAGGCUGCUGCUGUUGGCAUACUAAGCAACUUUCCGGUGAGUGACAAGAAUGUCACAGACAUGUUAAUGAAAGCAAACCUACUGCCCAUUUUGGUUUCCAUAUUGACAUCAAGUACACCUACAACACCACAUUUACUAGCUGAGAACGUCUCCGCAGUACUAAUCCGAUUCACCCUUCCAUCAGACAAGAAACUACAACACUUCUCUGUCGAAAAUGGGGUGAUCAGCAUUUUGGUAAAGCUCCUCACAUGUGGCUCAAUCAUAGCCAAAUGUAGAGCUGCAACAUCACUAGCUCAACUAUCUCAAAACUCACUCACUCUACGAAAAUCAAGAAAGUCAAGAUGGUUUUCAUGUGCCCCUCCCCAUUCUACAGACACAUUUUGUCAAGUACAUGACGGGCAUUGCUCUAUAAAAACCACAUUCUGUUUGGUAAAAGCAGGGGCAAUGCCUCCGCUAGUCCAAAUAUUGCAAGGCAACGAAAGAGCAGCUUCGUCCGCUGCUCUUUCGUUGCCUUGCAACAUUACAACAAGACGAGAUUUGGGAAAAUGGGAGCAACUUGUUAGUGAAAAUAGUCAUGUGUACAACCAAUUAUCAAGAUUCUUGAAGAAGGGAUUAGCUUAA